CUCUCUGCUCCAAAGCAAAUGACAUAAAUGUGAGAUAUUCCAUCUCGCUAAGGUACACGGACUGCUGUAUCGGCGACUGCGAGGACGCAUUUUAGCUCUGUCUCUCUACAUACAAACGCACCGGUGUGUAUCAUCCCAGACAAUCUGUUUUCGUCGGAGUUUAAUAAACACAGCAGAAACAAAAUCGACAUUAUGGCAACGCAAGCAGAACGCGGCACAAAUUUUAUGGCGAAAUUCCGCAACUUGAAAAAACUGACUGCUCAUGAUUUCAUGACGGUAUGGGAUCACUAUGAUAUGGAUGGCAAUGGUUACAUCGAGGACGGAGAGUUAGAUGCGUUCUUUAGAGAGCUGAUACAGACAUCCGGGGGUCCAGAGACAAUUUCUGAUGCUAUGCUAACAGAGAUGAAGAAGUGUUUUAUGGAGGCGUAUGACAUGAAUGAGGAUGGAAAAAUCUCUUUAACGGAAUUGUCAAACAUCCUGCCAACCGAUGAAAACUUCUUGCUACUGUUUCGCGCACAACAACCCCUACGAUCAAGCGUUGAGUUUAUGGAGGCAUGGAGAAAGUACGACACCGACAGAAGUGGCUUCAUUGAAUCACUUGAGCUCAAGCAUUUUCUGUUAGAUCUUCUUACACAACAAAAAACACACGUUGAAGACAAAGAAUUGGAUGACUAUACUAAGGCUAUCUUGGAACAUUUUGAUUCCAAUAAGGAUGGUAAACUGGAAAUCAAGGAAAUGGCAAGACUUCUCCCAGUUCAAGAGAAUUUUCUCAUGCGAUUUGAGCUCAUGGCACAAAAGCGAGGUUCACUGAAGCCUGGAAAAGCAGGCAAAACCAUUCUGACGAAGAAGGACUUCGAUAGAGUAUUCGACCACUACGAUAAGGACAAGAAUGGGAAAAUAGAGGGCGCUGAAUUGGCGGGAUUCUUGAAAGACUUGAUGGAACACGAGGAAGAGGACCUAGAUCUUCAGAACCUUGAAGACAACGUCACAGCCUUGCUAGAAAUUUGUGAUGUGAACAAGGAUGGUACAUUGCAGAAAGAUGAGUUGAGAAUGGUGUUGUGCGCCGGUGACAUUAGAGACGACGAAUGAAAUGGAAAAUGGUGAACUAUAUGGCUACAACAACGUUACCAUCGUCUGCGUGAAUCGCCGGAAACGGCGCCCUACUAACCCUCGUUACCCGCAAUUCCAUGCUGAAAUUGUUUUUCACUUUAAUACUUUUUCUCUACAUCUGGCGGGGAAGUAAAAAUCAUUAUUAUGAGUUUUAGACGAAUGUGUGAGACUCUUUUUUUCAGCGAUUUUUACACUAUUUAUGAGAGUACUAGUACGUACUGAUGUGCCAGUGAUUAUAACACUAUCACCUGUUCGCUUUUUUUUUGCUAUAUCUUCUCUUUAUAGGAAAUCACCGAGUCAGGUCUGGAUGAUUUAAAAGACAACUUACUCAAGUUAUGUGACAUGGACGGCGAUGGACAGUUAGACAAAUCCGAACUUAAAAUGGUGUUGUGUCCGGCAUUGGACGAAUCGCAGGACAGUUGAAGGGUUGCAUAAUAAUUAUUAAUCGGUUUGAAAUGUCGAAGUGUAGUAUUAAUACUAUAUGUAGAGUUGAACUGUUUUACUUGCUGAGGUCUGUCCAAGUCACAAACUGGUUAGAAAAUUAGUGUAUACUUGGUUGAAAUGUGUAUUGCAUAUAUUCAAAACUUAUGCUGUCAUUUCGACAGGCGAUGAUUCUACAACUUGUAAUCUUUUCCCGCCAGUUCUUUGGACUGAAAGAUGAUAACAAAUCACACAAUGAUCAAGUGACCAAUUUGCUGCCAUGUUUGAUGAAUACCGGUGACCUCGGCAGUAAGUCUUUCGACGCAACCCUUCACAAAUAUGCAAAUUAGUUUGAACAUACAAUUUAAGUAUGUUUAUAAGAUAAGAUAAGAUAAGCAUUGUUAAGAUAGCCAGUUACAAGUAGUGUCAUUUGAAACGAAAAUAUAUUUAAAAGUAGGAGAUUUAAUCAGAAGGGAUUUUUUUAAAACUACUAACCCCAAUCAAUUGGCACAAACACAAUUCACGUCACAUUAUUAUUUGUGGUUUACAGCAGGAUACAUAAAUUUAACUGUCUUUCUAUCAUUAAUCAAAAUAGUGGAGGGAAUUUCAAACAUUUACUACAUUUUUAAGGAGUAACGAGGUUAGUGUAACGAGGGAAACAUUUUUUUCAUAUUUACUACUUAUAUUGAAUUUUAGGUGUAGGUCGUCAAACGUUCAAUGAUUUAACAACUAUCUCACGUUCCUUUUAUUAUGAAUAUGUGUACGCAGCAUUUGGUUCAGAUUCUUGAAACACAUAUCUGCACUUCUUUUGGCCACAACAUUUCAAAUAUCCGAUUAUUCUAUUGUAUUUUUUAUAUGUACAUGUUAACACUAACGGUAGCAGAUCAACCGAUCGAUUGUAUAUAAGGCAAUUGUUUAUAGACAUUCAACACGCUUGUAAAGAUACCUCCAUCAUCGAAAAAUGACUUUUACUGUGACCUAUGUUUGAACAAAUUAGGUUAACAUUAAUAGGAUAAAUGGGAAUCUGCAUUUGAAGUUGAUUGAUGUGAGCGUCUCAAUAAUCAAAUCAAGUUGUGCAAAAUCCAUUAUUGUAAUAUUCAAAUAUAAAAAUGCCGAAUAAAUUGAGAGAUUAAAAUUACAAUGUUAACGUGUAUUUAGAACAAAACAAUGUACCUGUAUAAUAGCGGCAAUGAUUAAAAUAAAUGGGGGUAAUAUUAUGACA